GUAUGAGGGUGGAGGAGGAGGAGGUUCAUGGCUGGGAGCUGUUAUAAGUUGUAGCUGCGGGUCUGAAGGAUCUCUCGGAUCUCCUCCUCUGGAUCUUUCUCUCCUGUAGCGGCUGAAACUCCUGCAGAAUGCUCCUCCAGCGGCUCCUCAGCUUCUCUCUCCUCCUCCUGCUCCUCCUCCUGCGCAGCUGCCCGGCGCUGAGCUCCGUGUCUCCGGAGCAGAAGAGCUCCUCAGCCACGCAGCUUCUCCCCGCGGGGGGCUCCCGGGGCCGCGGCCGGGUGAGGGAGGGGGUCCCCGGCAGGAGGAAGCGCUGGCGCUCCGUGGAGCCGCACGACUACAUGCUCUCCAUCUACAAGACCUUCUCCUCCGCAGAGAGACUCGGGCUCAACGCCACCUUCUUCCGCUCCUCCAAAGCCGCCAACACCAUCACCAGCUUCGUAGAUACCGGCCACGAUGACCCUUCGACCUCUCCGCUGUGGAAACAGAGGUAUUCGUUUGAUGUGUCUACGCUCUCUGAUAAAGCGGAGCUGCUGGGAGCUGAACUGAGAAUAUACACGAAGGUCUCUGGAAGCUUCCAGGAGUCUGAAACCGGUUCUGUGGGGCUUCAGCUUCAUUCCUGCCAAACCCACAAGCUUCUAGACUCCAGAACCCUGGAUCUGGAGAACUCCCACAAACCACGAUGGCUGGUUCUAGACGUGUGGGACGUUUUCGCAGAGCGUCGCCUUCACUCGCAGGGGAAGCACUUCUGUCUGGAGCUGAAGGCCAAACUGGACAACCCUGAGAGGGACGUGGACCUGCGGGACCUCGGCUUCCACCGGCACGGUCGUCCGCAGCAGAAGAAAGCCAUCUUGGUGGUGUUCACCAGGUCCAAGAAGAGACAGAGUCUUUUCUACGAGAAGCGGGAGAGGAUUAAGACGUGGGAUCCUGACUCUAAACCUCCUAAACUUCGGCGGAAGCGACGGACGGCUCAGAACAACCGGCACGGAAAGAGGCACGGUAGGAAGUCUAAAGCCAGGUGUAGCAAGAAGCCGCUACACGUCAACUUCAGGGAGCUGGGCUGGGACGACUGGAUCAUAGCCCCUCUGGAUUAUGAAGCUCACCACUGCGAGGGAAUCUGCGACUUUCCCCUCAGGUCUCACCUGGAACCCACCAACCACGCCAUCAUACAGACUCUGAUGAACUCCAUGAACCCCGGCAACAUGCCGCCCAGCUGCUGCGUGCCGUCCAAACUCAGCCCCAUCAGCAUCCUGUACAUUGACGCUGGGAAUAACGUGGUUUACAAACAGUACGAGGACAUGGUGGUGGAGUCGUGUGGGUGCAGGUGACCGUUUAAUGUCAGGUUCACACUACACAACUUUUUUUGAGUCAUCAGUCGUUGUGCAUGUUCACACUACACCAUACCUGUCAAAUCUCCCGUUUUGACCGGGAAACUACCGUAUUUUACUCCUCUUUCCCGCUGUCCUCCCGUAUUAGUAUUUUCCAGUAAAUUUCCUGUAUUAUAUUAAGAUAAAAAAAACAUAUAUAUUAUUGAGGAGACAGGGCACUGACUGCUCUGUGUCUCUUAACCAAUCGUGGAGCCGGUUCAAGGAGAAAGUCCCACCUUUCAGGAGAAACAGACAAUCAUCUUGCAAUAGAGGGUCAGUGUGGGGAAGCCCCCCGUCGCUGUGAGUUCAGGCAGCUAGUCGGAGCAGCUGAUGUUAAAACAGAUCUGGAUAUUCAGAGAUUUUUCUAAAAGUAAGGGAACGGUAGGCUAAUCAUGUAAACUGUGAUGAGAUUUUUCUGAUGGCUGCUUAAAAAUACUCGUCUCCGAAACAAAACACACAGAUUAAACCUUUUAAAAUAAAAAAAUACAGCUUGUGACUGUUAACUAGAAAUGUGGAGAGGACCGAAAUUAACUGAACUGAUCAGGGGUGGAGUGAUCAAAAGGAAGAAGUAUUAAUUAAAAAUUAUUAAUUGUGUAGGCCAUUAGGACUAAUUUUUACUGAUGGAAUAUAUCUGGUCCAUGUCCUUUUAGUAAAAGCUCAUAAUACUAUUUUUAGGUCACCUACAGUCAUUUUGCCGAAUUUGUGCACCCUUUGUUCAAUUUUAAAUCCAUUAAAUAAAUAAAAAAUAUAUAAUAUAAAAGAGUGCAUUUAUGCCAAAAAAAGACAUGAAAUCUUAACUUUUUAAAAAAUAUAUAGAAAAGUGUUUUUAAUUUGGCUGUAUUAAAAGAAUGACAUAUGUAGGAAUGUCCACAACAUUUCAGAUUCUGAUAAUCUAAUUGUAGUGUGUAAAUGGUUCACAUGUCGUUAUUUUAGAUUAGAUUUUUUGUAAACCUGUCUUAAAAUGUAAGGGAUACUGAACCUUCCUUGGGCUGGUGGGACGGCUUUAAGCGUACAUAGGAAAAUAUCCCUUAUUUUUAAAUCUAAAACUUGACAGGUAUGCACUACACGACCGGUUGUGCCGUACUUGUGAGUCCUUCAGUUGUUGAGACUUUCACACUAAAUGACUGAUCGGGAUCAGCGACACGGGGUCACAAAUUACACGAUUUCUCACUGUGGGAAAUCGCAGACUCACCUGGCUGCUCUCCAGAAACACACCUGAGCGUUGCCACGCCAGAGAAUCUCUAUAGAGAAGAAUAUCAUUGCUGUCCUAUGAAAAAACACUUAUCUCCAUUUUGUCGAUUUUUAUGUUACUACAUAAUUUGAACAGGAGGACAGGAAGUGGGCAGACAAUACAUAAACAACUCUGAUGAGUUUUUUGGACCUGUGGUUCGUUCUUUCUUUCUGUGAUCUCAUUGGCUGUACGUAGCCGCUGCUCCUGACUCCUAGUCGCCGACUGAGUCAGAUAUUAAACAUGUUGAGCUUUGAAGGUUGAGUUUUUUUGUCAGCGAUCAACGAAAAACUGGCCCAAAAUCGUGUAGUGUGAACCUGGCUUCAGGAUCAGGGUGUGCGUUUCCCAAAAGCGAUCAAUCUUGAUAUAUAAUCAUGCACCCAACUUUGUUUUUUAUGUUCUGAAGUGUAAAUAAUAUGUACAUUGUGACUGUACAGAAAAAAAUGUUAAUUUAUAUAUAUAUAUAUAUAUAUAUAAUUAUGUUAAAUUAUUGCUCCUAAUAGGGGCUUUCUUGUACACAGUUACUAUAAUUUCACAUUUUUUCUUUUUUACUGUUGUAGACUUGACUUCCUGUGUAUCUACCUCAGUGCUUUGAGACAUUAAUGUUCCCAUACAGCCCUGUAAAUACUGUGCUCAAAUGAAGACCAUGUGAAAGAUUUAUUCUUCUAAUAAAAUGCAGAACUGUGUCAAAGUAAA